CGAAAUUUUGAGGCAAUUAUGUGUCCAUCUGGACGAAAUCCGCACCCACCAAUUGCACUUGAAAAUGAUGAUACUUUGACGCGGUUGCCUAAAAAAGAGCACAAAGUAUUCAGUCUUCCUCCGCAUUUGGCGCGUUUGGAAGAUCCUUGGAAUAAACUUUGCACGCACCACACUCUUUCUAGUCUCAGACAUACAGUCGAAUAUUUCGAUCCAGAGGCUCCAAACGAUGAUCUAGAUUUCAGGUUAAAAGCAAACUAUGAUCAGCAUAUCUAUUGGUGGAAGUCCAACGCUGAGGCUUUGAUACAACUAGAAACAUUAAAUAAAACAAAGAGGGUGCUUAAAAAUCGACCUCCAAAACCUGUAAUUAUACGUCCCCCACCAAGUCAACCAUUUACAAUAUGGACAAGUGAUUGUAGAGAACGACUUGAACAUGUUUCAGAAGCAAUCGAUGCAAAUCAUACUCAAGCAACAAAUGGUGGUUAUUCAAGAAAACCAGAUGGCAAUAAAUUUAUAGCUUGAAUAGGCAAUAAAAAACCAGUUUGAUUAGAUAAAGAUUAACAUUGAUUGACACGUUGUUAAAACGUUCAGGAAAUUCCUUCAGUUUAUAUAACAAUAAUGAUUUGAUAAACUGACACAGGCUUAAAUAGAAACACUAUCAAUAAUCUUAUUCUUCUUAAAGGUAUUCUUUAAUUAAAUUUGAUUGUAUCUACUUUCAUUCAUUCAAUUAAGAGUGUAUUGUUCUAUCUAUAAAUAAUUAAGAAUAAAUGAGAGUAAAUACAAACUUGAA